AUGAGCCUUGGAUUGUUUCCAACCGAGAUUUUGGUCGACAUAUCCAACUAUCUAAACCUGGAAUCUUUGGUAUCGCUCGCGCAGGUCAACCGUCGUCUAUGGACAAUUGCCACAACAUUACCGUCCUACUGGCUUCCAUCGAUUCACAAUGAACCAGAUGCCAUCUUGCUCUUUGACGACCCGCAUUUGUCGCUGUUUCAUCGGUCGGCGAGGGAACUGCAUCUCGCUGUGCGCGACGUCGUUCACCGAGAACGAAGUAUGCGCCAAGAUCAAGUCCAACUGAGGUCCUAUACACACAUCAAAUGGCCAUUUGGCUCCCCCGAGGUGCCAUCUACCACCGCUGGUGUAGAUCCAGGCGAUGCCCGUUGGGAAAUGAACAAGCAGUUGACGGAUUUUCAUGGAGAAUGGCUAUAUACGGUGUCUACGGCCAACCAACUCCGUAUCUUUCACCUCCGAACGGGCAAGCUGGCGUACGAGGGCAAGCCAAUGUAUCCCCAGGCGGUCUCGGAGCUCGAGAAUGUCCUGGUGCAGUUUGCUAUUGAUUUUGUGUCCGUUUCAAAAUCUGUAUUCGUGCUGGUGGCCAACGACGGAGAUCCAAUCCGUGACGAUGAAACGCCCACAGCUUGCAAGCUCUUUAUUUCAGAGAUUGACCUGAAUCCUGAUACCUCGGAGGCGACGGUCAAACCGGUCACCCCCAUCGCUCUUCCCGGGUUUGCUCACUCUGUCGACAUCAACAGUCCAAGAAUCUUUGUGGCUAUCAACAACUCGGAAACGGCUAAAGCAACCGGAGAGUCCUCGUAUAGCUUAGGACUUCACCUGUGGGAUACUGGGACGUUUUGCAAUCUCCCAAAGGAGCUAUUGCCCUCCAUCGCCCUUCUCACAUUCAGAGAGUACACACUAUCUAUUGCCCGUAGAAAGCCGUUGGGACUCUAUUUCCAAGUCUUACUAUAUCCCGACUUGCCAAAUGUCCGAGUGGAUGAUCCGAAUAUGUAUCGUGUGGUGGCUACUAUUCAACUCCCACCACUGGCCACAAACCUGGUGCCACUGCUCGAGGAGACGGCAGGUAUCUGCCAUUAUUACCGUGGAUUGACAAGAAAUGUCGUCCGAGUUUGGGCCCGAGAAAACGUGCCAUCAUACCAAGGGUUCAUGUGGACCAUACUAGAGAUUGAUCUCGACUUUGACCAUCUGCUGCGGCGAUGGCAUGCGCUAGGAGAAACGGGUGAGUUCUCGCCAAGCGAUGACUAUUACACGAUUACGCACCGAAGAAUCUGUGAACCCUUCGGAUUGACGCAUUGGGUGACCCCCGGCUUGACGGGACGAAGUUUCUUUUGGUUCCGCUUCGCAGACGCGUCGCCUACCGAUCCCACACAAGCGCCGACGGUAGACGAAGCCGUAGCUGCGGCUAAUAGUCGAAAGUGGCUCAAGCGCGUCCGGCUAUUUGCUUCUGACGCGCAUGAUCUCAAGCCUUCGACCAGCUGGGACAUGGCUGAAGAUUCGUUUGGCCGUCGGGAAGCACAAAAAUACAAUAAAAAGGAACUCACUACACCGGUGGUGACGAAUGCAUACGAUGAUGGCGCUGCAAGGCUCGAGUGCGUGAUUCGCAUGGACGAGCGCGAGGAGUUUUGUCAUGACGAUGCGGAAUGGAGAUAUUUGGGUGCUUAG